CUUAGCCUUGCCUCUCCCCCACGUGUCUGGGCGAUCAUGCCGAAAGAGAAGCGGGUGCGAGGGGCCUCCUCGGCGGCGGGGGUGAGCGUGCCUCUGGCCGAGCAGAUCCUGCAGGGCGAGGCGGUGAAGCCCAGUCGGCGAGUGAAGCGGAGGGGCAAAGCCGGGCUGCAUGGCGGGGGAGCGGGAGGAGAGGAGGAGGAGGAGGAGAAGUACGUGGACGAGCGGCUCUCCCGGAAGAUCCUGGAGCAGGCGCGGAUCCAGCAGGAGGAGCUGCAGGCCGAGCAUGGCUUUUCCGGCAGAGAGGAACCCAAGAGGAAGACCACCGUCCUGGGAUCCAACUCAAAGGAUGGAAAUUCAGAUACAGAUGAAGAGGAAUGGCCAUCGCUGGAGAAAGCUGCAGCCAUGGAGAAGGGAGAGUAUUGUGAAGAGAUGACUGUGAAUCCCGAGGAUGAAAAAGCCAUUGAAAUGUUCAUGAAUAAGAACCCACCACUGAGGCGCACCUUGGCAGACAUUAUAAUGGAGAAGAUUACAGAGAAACAGACAGAAGUGGAGACUGUGAUGUCAGAAGUAUCUGGCCACCCCAUGCCACAGCUCAACCCUCGGGUCCUAGAGGUCUACAAGGGUGUCAGAGAAGUGUUGUCUAAAUACAGGAGUGGAAAACUUCCCAAAGCCUUCAAAGUUAUUCCAGCACUAUCCAACUGGGAGCAGAUCCUCUACAUCACAGAGCCAGAAACGUGGACAGCGGCUGCCAUGUACGAGGCAACAAGAAUCUUUGCUUCAAAUCUCAAAGAGCGGAUGGCCCAGCGGUUCUACAAUCUGGUCCUCCUCCCAAGAAUCAGGGACGACAUUGCUGAAUAUAAACGGCUCAAUUUCCAUCUCUAUAUGGCAUUGAAGAAGGCGCUGUUCAAACCUGGAGCCUGGUUCAAAGGUAUCCUUCUCCCCUUGUGUGAGUCGGGAACAUGCACACUGCGGGAAGCCAUCAUAGUGGGCAGCAUUCUUGCCAAGUGCUCUAUCCCUGUCCUUCAUUCUGGGGCCGCAAUGCUAAAGAUUGCUGAGAUGGAGUACAGCGGCGCCAACAGCAUCUUCCUCCGCUUGCUCAUUGACAAGAAGUAUGCCUUGCCUUUCCGAGUGGUGGAUGCCCUGGUCUUUCACUUCUUAGCCUUCCGGACAGACAAGCGUAACUUGCCUGUCCUGUGGCAUCAGUGUCUCCUGACCUUUGCUCAGCGGUACAAAGAGGAUCUUUCUUCAGAGCAGAAGGAAGCCCUUUUGGAGUUGCUCAAGUCUCACAGCCACCCCCAGAUCUCUGCAGAGAUCCGCAGAGAACUUGUGAAUUCCAAGUGUCGGGACACGGAGGGAAUGCAGCCCAUGGCAGUGGAGUGAAUCAAGGAUGGGAACACAGACUCUGUGUAUUGGACACUGCAGAUGCUGCGGUUUUGUUUGGGCUGGAACUUGUUAAGUCAAAGGCAUCCACUGGAGAAUGCAUAUUGUUAAUAAACAGCAGUGGAAUAAACUAGGAUGGAGAGAGUGAAUAAAUAUGAGGCAGUCUGGAAAAUAUAUGGAAGAUUCACUUUGUAGAAUCUUGGUAUUUUUACUCAGGAUCUUGGAAGUAAUACAUUAAAAAUGAACACCGUUACUUACAAUCCAUUAUUCGGAAGGGUAAUGAUGAUACAACCUUGUUGUUUUUAAAUAAUAAGUAAAAUAACGGUAGAAUUUUG